AUGUUGCCCGCCGGCCAGUCUGUCGAAAGAGCCGCCUCCGGUUCCAAAUCCCAGUUCCAGCCAGGCCACAAAAUCCCGAUCCAACACCUGACCAAGCCGGGCCUGGAAGCGGACAUGGCGGACCCCAAGCCAGUCAUUGACCAGAUCUCCACCGAGGAUGGCGGGUAUCAGCUUUACAAAGCAGCUGGCAAACUUGCCGGUAAGAGGGCCAUCAUCACAGGGGGCGACUCCGGCAUUGGACGGGCCACGGCCGUUCUCUUCGCGAUGGAGGGAGCGUCGAGCUUGAUUGUCCAUUUGCCGGAGGAGGAGACGGACGCCAAGGAAACCAAAAAGAAGGUUGAGGAGUGCGGAUCCCAGUGUCACUGUCUGGCAGUCGACCUGCGCAAGCGAGAGAAUUGCAAGAAGGUGAUCGAGACCGCUGUGAAGACGCUGGGAGGCAUUGAUAUCCUGGUCAACAAUGCGGCCUUUCAACACAUGCUGAAUGACAUCAGCGAACUGGAUGAGGAACAAUGGUUGCGAACCUUUGACACGAAUAUCCAUCCAUUCUUCUACCUUUCGAAAUAUUCCCUGCCGCACAUGCAACAAGGAUCAACGAUCAUCAACUGCGCAUCUGUCAACCCAUACAUCGGCCGUGGAGAUUUGCUCGACUAUACGUCGACCAAGGGAGCCAUUGUGGCAUUCACGCGAGCCCUCUCAAAUCAGCAGAUCAAAAAUGGCAUUCGCGUCAAUUGCGUUUGUCCCGGUCCCAUCUGGACACCUCUGAUCCCAUCGACGAUGCAGACCGCUGCAAUGGAGCAAUUCCAUGCGGUACCGAUUGGUCGGCCUGGACAGCCCAGUGAGGUGGCAACGUGCUUUGUCUUCCUUGCCAGCCAGGACAGCAGUUAUAUUUCGGGACAAUGUCUCCAUCCAAAUGGCGGUGUCAUGGUGAAUGGCUGA